CAAAACAUGACGUCGUUUGCUCAUCUCUGUUAUGACUAUAAUUUUGGACGCUAUGGACUAAAUUUCUCAAAAUUUAGAUAAGUGCGGGUUUCAGAUGAAGCCACUCAUUCAGAGAAAAUAAGUGAGCGUCGCAAGAAUGCUUUUCAGAUUCGCUUCUUCGCUGCUUUGGACAGCUGCCUUUGUUAAUUUUGGAGCUUUGGGUGUGUCAGCCAAGACCUGCUACUACGGCCAGGAGCCGGACCCGAGUCGCGGGGGCAAGCUCCGCUGGACCGUGUCCCUGGGAGCCGGUGCCGGCGGGGAUCUAUGCUCCUGCACCAGCCUAAGACCGGGCGCCUUGAGCGUGAUCACACCGAGCAGACGCGGCCAGCCUCUCUACACGGACCGGCCGGUAUUCACCGACGACCAGCAAGAGAUUAUGGACCUCUUCGACUGCCACGCUGAUGGGAGCAUUCGCCUCGUCGACGGGAACGGUCAUCUCAACCCGAUAGAAGGCAGGGUCGAGGUCUACUACGGCAGUGAAUGGGGAACCGUUUGCGAUGAUUUCUGGAAUAAAUAUGAUGGGAUCGUAGUCUGCCGACAACUCGGCUACUCGUACCCGUAUGUCCAGGAGGUAUUGCCACUUGCGCACUUCGGGAAGGGAAAGGGGCCAAUACACCUGGACAACGUAAGGUGUUUAGGAAGCGAGGCUAGCUUGGCCGGAUGUCGCCACGUAGGUUGGGGCGUCCAUGACUGCUUUCACUACGAAGAUGCCGGGGUCCGGUGCGCAACUAAUGUUUCUUCUGCAGCCUAAUAUCUUGUCACAUUACGUGAAAAAAACCGAACAGUGAAUGUUAUUUGAAAUAACAUCAUUAAGUUUAGAUUUGAGAGCCACUUUUUCAUCAUAUGAUUAUCUCAAGGAAGGUCCGU